CUAAAGAAGUAGGUGUAUUGAGCUGAGAACCAUGUCUAUGAGGCAUGGGUUUAUCUAACGUAAAAAAACAAAAUAAACCGUAAGUCGCGGUGGUGGUUAUAAGGUGAAGGUUAUGUUACUAUUGUUACACAUUUUGCGCCUGUUUAUAUACUAAUAUCUUGUCGCUUUGUGAAAACUUACAACUAUUUAUGGAUCAUACCUACAUAUAAUUAUAUACACAUUAUUCUAGUGAAAAUGCGAGGAUUGUGCAUGGUUUGUGUGCCGUUUCGAACUCUUAUUUUAAUAAAAGAAAAAAUAACAUUACUGGACAUGGUUAAUUUGUUUGCACGAUAUUAUCUUUACUUUCACGAUAUUAAUUAAAUUAUUAAUUUUCAGAAUGCCAGCGAAAAUAAUUCUGUUUUGCCAAUGACAUCCAAUGAGCCAAAUCUACCUGUAAAACUUCCUACGCCUGCGAUAUGCGUCUUACCGAUCGGUACCGAAAUUACUGACGAAGGUAAUGUCACUACUAAAAGCACCUCAACAGGUGCUCGGAAACGUAAAGGUGAAGAUUUGGAUUGUAGCAACGAGAAUUCACCCGAUACACCAAGUACAAGCAGCUCUAUACUGCAGCCUGUACGUGCUACUCCUGCACAGGAUAAGUUGAAGAAUCAGAUUUCUCUUCUUCAAAUGGAAUUGGACUUAGCUGUUCGUCGUAGGGAUUUUCUGGGCGAAAAUGAGACACGUGAUGUGACGAAACUGCGCCGAGAAAUUGAUAAAUGCACAAAAGAACUACGGAAGAAGGAACAACAUAUGCGUCACUCCCAGUCACAUAGAUUAUCAAUAAAAUCAAAGAUUAAACUUGCUUGCAAUCAGAGUCCGAUUGUAGCUGAUCUUCUUAAGGCGCGUUCUGCCCCAGGUCGCCCACGCCUAGAAGAGCAACAACCGCAAUUGCUAAAAACUAUAGUCGAUUUGGCUAUGUUUGGUGCUUCUGCGGAGGAACGGCGUCGCUCAGAAAUUGUUCGCAGUUGCCGAACACUUACUGACCUCCAUGAAAAGCUAAAGGAGCACGGAUUUCAAAUUUCGAAGAGUGGCACGUAUCUUCGAUUGCUCCCUAGAAAUUAUACCACCUUGGAGGGUAAAAGGCAUGUAGUCACUGUGCCUGUCAAAUUGAGUCGCCCUGAGGCAGAUCACCACAAGGCUCAUGUCGAUCAACAUUUUUGUGUCGCCACAAUAAGAUCCUUGGAAACGCUGGCAUCUAUUCUCGGGCCAAAACAAGUGUUUUUUUUGUCUCAAGACGAUAAAGCCCGGGUACCUAUAGGUUUGACAGCGGCAAAUAAACAAGCUCCUCUCCUGAUGCAUGUCGAAUAUCGUGUCUCAUUGCCUGAUCAUGAUUGGGUGAUUGCUACAAGGCACAAAUUGAUCCCUAGUGUAUAUGCUGGGUGCAUCAUAAAAGGAAAUGACAUGGGCCGUGCUGAAGCAAUUACUUAUUCAGGGCCAACAUACGUGGCGAUUAGAAGUGGCAAACAUUCCUCUUCGACAGCUUCCACUCAUGCUGUGGACUUCAAUAAGCUUGCUACACUCAACAAUUUCAAGGAAAUUAUGCGGGAUGAAGAAGGACGCCUGAAACCAGUUGUUCUGAUUUCAUCUGAUGGAGGACCCGAUGAAAACCCGAGAUAUCCAAAGGUUAUUUCCCAUGCCAUACACCACUUUGUCAAGCAUGAUUUAGAUGCAAUAUUCAUUUUUACGAAUGCACCCGGCAGAAGCGCAUUCAACCGUGUUGAGAGAAGAAUGGCGCCUUUAAGCCGGGAAUUAUCUGGACUCAUACUUCCGCAUGAUUCUUAUGGAACUCAUUUGGAUGAACAAGGGAGAACAAAGGAUCAUGAUCUCGAAAAAAUGAACUUUCAGAAGGCUGGAGAAGUUCUCGCAGAAGUAUGGAAUAAUAUGGUUAUCGACGGCCAUGACGUCGUAGCAGAGUACCUUAAGCCCGAUGACACUGCUGAAAGCUUUGUUCCAGACUUGCCUUCUCUGCAGUGGUACAGCGAGCAUGUGCGAGAGAGCCAGUAUUUGCUUCAGGUGGUAAAGUGUGAUGACCGCGCUUGCUGUGGAGAUUUGCGGAGUUCUCUUCGAUCUAUUCUUCCUGAACGCUUCGUUAUUCCUCCUUACCCAAUUUUGCAGUCGUCUAGUGGUCUAUAUAUUCCGAAGCCUCAAGAGCAUGAUGGCAAGACGUUUGCUACAUUUCUUCUGCGUCGGUCUCUUGGAAUCACCCCAACGCAUGAUGGCUUUAACAAAUUGCCGUAUGACCUGUAUUGCCCUAGUCUGCAAAAGGAUCGUCGGCAACUUUUGGAAAGGACGUGCCAGUGGUGUGGAUUGUACUUCUGUACAAAGAAGAAAGUUAAGGAACAUGUAAAUUCAUGUCACAAGCAACCUAAUCCGAGCAGCAGUAAUAGCGUAGAGAUGCACAAUGUUCGUCCUUCACGCAUCCUCACGCGACGAUCAAUCGGCAGAUCGAAAGAAAUUCUGUGCGUUGUGCGCGAAAAUGAUGACACCGAGUGGCUUGAUGAAACCGAUGUUGAUUUUCAACAAAGCACAGUACCAACAACUGACCUGCAAGAUGCUUAUCCAGUUGUUAGUGUUGAAGAAUGUCUUGCUAAUCCAUGGUCCGAGGACAAUAUACAUUAAACAUACUCAUAACAUGUUUUUCCAAUGAUUACACUCUUCAUUUCUAUUAUUGUUAUGGCAAUAAAAAAAAAACUUGCAACCUGGUGUAGACAUUUUUAUUAUGGUCCUUAAUUUCAGAAUAAAAUAAGAUUAUAGUUUGUACCUGUAUUUAAAUUAAGAUAAUAUUCAGAAAAUUUUAAGAUUUUUGUAGGUACUAAAAUA